UCUGUAUGUUAAUGAUUUGCUUCUGGUGUUAAAAUUUUUUUAAUCAACUAAAUGAAUUAUUUGCCUAUCUUUGAAAACAGCUUUAUUAAUCUUUUAACUCGGUGUUUGUGAAUUCGUGUGUUCUAGUUUUGUCCACUUGGGGACACUAGCAGCCCAUAACUUCAAGAGGUUUUUAGAAGCGUAUGUCACUGAUCCCCAAUUCAUAAACUAACCACUAGACGGCGCUAUAAGUCACUUUCCCAGUGAAAAGUGGUUUAUUUCGAUAAAAGCGACACAAACGGAACAAAAACAUUGCUCUGCAUUUGAUUUAUUUCUAUUUUAUCCUCGUUUAAACAAUAAAAGCCUUUGCUUUAUGCUAAAUUAUGAUCAAAUAUCUUCUUUCUUCCUCUUAUCUUUUCUAUGAUAUCAUUAAUUUAAAAAAAUUUGCAUUUUUAGACCAAUAUUCCGCGUACUGAGGAACUUUAUGGGAUUAGUGCACACGUUACAGAAAAAACAGGGCUGAUAGCCAAGAUUAUGAGUAAAGAUCAAAGACACGUUUUUAUUAUCACGUUAAAUCAUUUUAUUGUGGAGUUUCCUCAUUGGGAACUCCUUGCUCGUCUUGUUAAUCUCAGUUGUCUCUGAGUGGUGAGCAGAGAUAGACACAUAACACCGUCACCGUCUAUCACCUGAACUGCACCUGUGGGCUCGCUAUCCGCUCUCCUUUAACUCGCGCAUCAGAAGCACGGUCACGCGCACACCGUGUACGCGCCAGUGGAGUUGACUGGGAAAGCUGCAGGCUCGCAGAAUCUCGGCGCCUCUACCGGGAGCACCUGACGCAGUUGCACGGCUCGGACCUUCUCAGUAACUUUGAUGGGGACCUCGACACUAAUCAGGGACAAUGCCUGUGAUGAAGGGGUUAUUAGCGCCACAGAACACCUUUCUGGACACUAUAGCCACACGGUUCGAUGGCACCCACAGCAACUUCAUCCUGGCCAAUGCUCAGAUGUCCAAAGGCUUUCCAAUUGUCUACUGCUCUGAUGGCUUCUGUGAACUCACAGGCUUCUCUCGGGCAGAGGUCAUGCAGAAGAGCUGUGCCUGUAAGUUCCUUUAUGGGCCUGAGACCAGUGAAAGUAUCAUCCAGAGCAUCGAUGAGGCCUUGGAGGAGCGCAAAGAGUUUAAAGAUGAGAUCAUGUUCUACACAACGACAGCUGCUCUGUUCUGGUGUCUGCUGGACAUCGUGCCAAUUAAGAAUGAGAAGGGUGACGUGGUGCUCUUUCUGGCAUCGUUUAAGGACAUCACUGACACCAAGGCCAAAGCCAUCCAGGAGGACAAGAGAGAAGAGCGAAGACGCGGCAGGGUGAAAACCGGCUCUUCCUUCACCUCGACUCGUCUGCGGAGCAGCACGGUGCUUUACCACAUCUCCGGUCACCUCCACAGCAGGGAGAAGAGCAAGAUUAAACUCAACAAGAACGUGUUUGGGGAUCUACCUGCUCUACCAGAGUACAAAGUAGCAGAUGCCAAAAAGUCUAAAUUCAUCUUACUUCACUACAGUACAUUCAAAGCAGGCUGGGACUGGCUGAUUCUGCUCGCUACCUUCUACGUUGCCGUGACAGUGCCCUAUAAUGUGUGCUUCAUUGGGGACGAUGAUGACCUGACCCGCAGCACAACCGUCAGCGACAUUGGCGUAGAGAUUCUGUUCAUCAUAGACAUCAUUUUCAGUUUUCGCACCACUUACGUCAGCAAGUCAGGCCAGGUGAUCUUUGACGCCCGACAGAUAUGCAUCCAUUACCUGACCACGUGGUUCAUCAUCGACCUGGUAGCGGCUUUGCCCUUUGACCUGCUUUAUGCUGUAAAAGUCAGUGUGGCAUCUGUGGUGCACCUGUUGAAGACGGUGCGUCUGCUUCGUUUACUGAGGCUCCUGCAGAAGAUGGACCGCUACUCACAGCACAGCACCGUGGUUCUGACUCUGCUCAUGUCCAUGUUUGCCCUCCUGGCUCAUUGGAUGGCCUGCAUCUGGUACAUUAUUGGGAAGAUGGAGAUGGAGUCCAAUGCUUACAACUGGGAUAUUGGAUGGCUCCACGAGUUGGGGAAGCGUCUGGAGUCGCCGUAUUAUGCAAUGGGAGACAUUAACGCAACUGGGAGUGGUCCAUCCAUACGCAGCGUCUACAUCGCUUCACUCUACUUCACCCUUAGCAGCCUCACCAGCGUGGGCUUUGGCAAUGUGUCCGCCAACACCGAUGCUGAGAAGAUCUUCUCGGUGUGCAUCAUGCUCAUAGGAGCACUGAUGCACGCCUUGGUCUUUGGUAAUGUGACAGCCAUUAUCCAGAGGAUGUACUCCCGCUGGUCUCAGUACCACACCAGGACCAAAGACAUCAAGGACUUCAUACGUGUCCAUCACCUGCCUCAAAGCCUCAAGCAGCGAAUGUUAGAGUAUUUUCAGACAACCUGGUCGGUGAACAACGGCAUAGACUGCAAUGAGCUACUGAAGGACUUUCCAGAUGAGCUGAGGUCUGACAUCACCAUGCAUCUGAACAAGGAGAUCCUAGAGCUUUCGUUGUUUGCCUCUGCCAGCCGCGGCUGCCUGCGUUCCCUGUCGCUGCACAUUAAGACCUCCUUCUGCACCCCCGGAGAGUACCUUCUUCGACAAGGGGAUGCCCUCCAGGCCAUUUUCUUUGUCUGCUCGGGGUCAAUGGAGGUGCUAAAGGAUGGAAUGGUUUUGGCCAUCUUGGGUAAAGGUGACCUGAUUGGUUCAAACCUCUCCUUGGAUAAUAGAGUAAUAAAGACCAAUGCAGACGUGAAAGCCCUGACCUACUGUGACCUGCAGUGCAUCAACCUGAAAGGCCUCUAUGAGGUGUUGGACCUUUACCCUGAGUACUCUCAUCACUUUGUCCAGGACAUCCAGCAGGAUCUCACAUACAACCUGAGGGAAGGGCAUGAGACACAUAUCAAGACCAGGCUGUCAACAGCAGCUGUAGAGACUCAGUCAGGGGUCAGAAGAAAUGGACGUGUGGUUCAGGGCCACUCCACCAACGCCGAGGAACACGAGGAAGACGCAGAGGACGAUGACCAUGAUGAGACUGUGUGCGUGUCUCUUUUGUGCAAUCAGAGCAGGCCAGCGGACCUCAAGGGUGCUGGUGGGAAGUCUCCUCUUGACCGACCAGGCCAGAAGACCAGCUCCAAUCCAUCUCAAAGGAGGGUCUCAGACAUUACCCCUACUAACCUAGACCCCUCCAACUUGAGCCCGAGGAUUGUGGACGGUACUGAGGACAGCGAGGGAAGAGAGAGUUCACAGACUUUCUCUUUCCCUACCAACCUUGGUCGUCCAGUCAGUGAACCAACCAGUGCCUCGCCAUCGACUGCAGAUAUGCUGCGAAUCAGCACAACAGAAUUAGCAGCCAAAGCCGAGGAGACCAGGGGACAACUGCGACACCUCGACCAGCAGGUGAGCAUCCUCCGGAGGGAAGUGGCUGACCUUGGACAAGUCAUGAAGAGAAUGACCCAACUCAUGGAGGCCCUCGUACCACCAGUCCCACAACCACCAGUGAUCUGUCCAACCCAUGUCUCACCCGCACACCACACGUACCUGCACUGUCCCACCCCUCCUCAGUCCUAUUCUAUUUCCCCCUCUAAGACUGCUUCAAUCUGGACAGAACCACCUAUGCCGUUGCCAUCCCUCACAAUCUCUCAGCAGCUUGGUACAAUCUGCCAUGUGGAUACGCUGACACACAGACCGCAAAACCUCCUGUUAGGGUAUCCUGCCGUCCCCAGGUCAACUCCAGCUGCUGAUACGUCAGUUCUUCAAAUACAGCCAUGCUCUGCCAUCUCAGAGCCCACAACGCCUUUGUCAUCUGCCAGUUCACCAGAUUUUUCACAUUACAAAGAUGGAGCUGAUACAGAGUCCACUUCUGCAGGACAGAGGAGAUGAUGAGGGUCUUCAUAAAAGCUCUGGAUGUUCUUCUCAAACUGUCCAUGGAGGACUCUACCCAAACCCAACGCUGGGGUUGUAGCAGCCUGUCAAUGGGACUUUCCUGGACUCUGCGGGACAUCUUCCAAGAUUUUUUUGGGAUUGGUCCCAAACUAAAGAUCAGCUUAUUCAGCUGCAAUCCACAAAAUCACCAGAAGGAAUUUAAAUGGAUGCAACCUUUCAUUUGUUUUAAUGGUAAGCUUGUAUAGCUCCAGUUGCAUGAAAACGAGUAGGGGUUUGGGGGUUUUGGCUUUACCCCAUAAAUCUUAGCGUUAAUAGAUGGCAUGUAGAGGUCCAAGUCCGUUUUGAAGCUACAUGGCGAGGUUCACCUUCAACCUCUUGCUCCUCCACCUUCAAGCUCCAUACCAGAACAGAACUCUACCAUGUUGGAGGACAUGACAGAUGCUUUAAAGAAGAGAGUCGUGCUCUCCUUUUUUUCCUCCAACCUAUUGCUUGUGCCAGUUAACCCUUCUGUCCAUGUCCACCCAGCCCAAACGGACAUGUUGGAUUUUCUAGAACUUUGCAUGUGGAUGAAGUUAGAGAUGGGAUGGGCUGUGCUCUUUACAUUUGGCCCGUGGGGAAGGGGGGGAGGUGAAGAAUGGAGGAACCUGUCAACGGAGGUGGUGGCAGGGGGAGGGUGUUACGCCAUUGGCACACAACCCCUGCUGUCGUCCAUCACACUGAGCACAGGGACUUUUCUCUUCUCGGGUGUUUCUGUCCAUACGCCUCUCCCUCCUCUUUCUCUGUGCAUGCCUUUUCCGAGCCUUUUCAGUGGUGCCUGUAGACACACAUUAACAUGCUGCAUGUGACCCUACGGAGUUCCAGCUUGCCAUUUACCUAUCUAUUUAAAGGAAACACAGUUUGAUAUUUUAAUGGCUGAACGUGACAUUUACUGGUGCAUAUUUAUCUGAAUUGAGCUCUCUUUGAACAUUGGUUAUUUUAAGCACAAGGCCCCUGUUGUAAAGUGGCCUGGAGCAAAUGUUACCAAUACUUCAUUGGUGCAUCAUCCACAUUGGAAGCUCUUUCUCCCUGAUGAUCACCCAGGGUUACCAGCUAUUUCCACAGAGUGAAGGCAAUAUUCCCAUAAAAGCACAAUAAAGGGAAAAAGACACUUUUAUAUUUCUAUGAAUGUAUCAAUGCUUAAGACAACUUAGCAGCAUGUAAAGGCUAUAAGUAAUGCAACUAAAGGCAGUUUUGGUUGUGCUGUUUGCUGGUGCCAGGAAUAGGUCACAACUCCAGUCCAACAGAUCUGCUCUUCUCUUCUGAAAUCCUGUCGGUUUGACGCCGCUUCGCUGCAAAUGGAAUGUACUGUAAACUAUUUUUCCUUUGCCUUUUGAUAUUUAUUAGAUAAAUGGAUAUGCCAAUAAAAACAAA